AACCGCACAAACUUUGAAGCACAAGGAGCCUCCUCCCUUUAAUCAUUGUUCCAGAACCCAAGGCCUUUUAAUGAACCCACUGAUAUUACCCUAAUCAUUUCGAGAUAGAUUUGGUUUAAAUUCACCACCCAACAAAAGUUUCCAUCAUUCGCUGCCAGACAAAUCUUCAAAAAAUUCGAACACUUCUUCUAUACGAAAUUUAAACAUGUUCUGCAAUCAAAAUCACCUUGUCACUGUUCUUUGCCAUGGAAAGCUCGGUCGCUUACUACACUAAUUGAUUUUUGAACAAACCCUUGAUUUAUAUACAUAUUCAUAAAGUUAUAUUAUCAAUUAGUGGGUGGUUCGUUAACAUCAGUGUUCCACAUAAAUACAGGGUCUUCAUAUUAUCGUCGAGGAAAUUUGAAGAUAAUGGUCUCCACUUCUCCUUCAAAGGAAGUUCUGUCCAUUGAAACAUGCAAGGAAGCAGAGGCAUCUCGGCGGGCCAAAUGGUGGUACUCAACCUUCCACACUGUUACAGCCAUGAUAGGUGCAGGCGUUCUCAGCUUACCCUACGCUAUGGCCUACUUGGGAUGGGGUCCAGGAAUAAUGGUUCUGGUGUUAUCCUGGUGCAUGACCUUGAACACAAUGUGGCAAAUGGUCCAACUCCAUGAAUGCAUUCCCGGGACUCGUUUUGAUCGGUAUUUAGACUUGGGUCGACAUGCUUUCGGUCCAAAACUAGGACCAUUAAUCGUUCUGCCUCAACAGCUGAUUGUCCAGGUUGGAUGUAACAUCGUGUACAUGGUGACGGGAGGGAAGUGUUUGAAGAAGUUCAUGGAGAUGGCUUGUACUAAUUGCACCCAGUUGAGACAAUCUUACUGGAUCUUAAUCUUCGGUGGCAUCCAUUUCUUCCUAUCCCAGCUCCCUAAUUUCAAUUCUGUUGCUGGUGUUUCACUUGCAGCAGCAGUCAUGUCUUUGAGUUAUUCGACAAUAGCUUGGGUUGGUUGCUUGAGUAGAGGACGAAUUGAUAACGUGAGUUACGAUUACAAGAAAACGAGUGGGGUGGAUUCGAUGUUUCGAGUGUUUAAUGCACUGGGGCAAAUUUCAUUUGCAUUCGCUGGCCAUGCUGUGGCCUUAGAAAUUCAGGCCACCAUUCCAUCGACUCCGGAGAAGCCAUCGAAAUUAGCAAUGUGGAAAGGAGUGAUUGGAGCUUAUUUUAUUAAUGCAAUCUGCUAUUUCCCAGUAGCACUUAUAGGCUACUGGGCGUUUGGACAAGAUGUUGAAGAUAAUGUCAUCAUGGAACUCAAAAGACCUGAAUGGCUCAUUGCCUCUGCUAAUCUAAUGGUCGUCGUCCAUGUCAUUGGAAGCUACCAGGUUUUUGCUAUGCCGGUCUUUGCGUUGCUGGAAGGAAUUAUGGUAAAAAGAUUCAGGUUUCCUCCAGGGUUUGCUCUCAGAGUCAUUACUCGAUCUGCUUAUGUGGCAAUUACGCUCUUCAUUGCAGUCACUUUCCCUUUCUUUGGAGAUCUUCUUGGUUUCUUUGGUGGCUUUGGUUUUGCACCCACUUCCUACUUUCUCCCUAGCAUAAUGUGGCUGAUUAUCGUGAAACCAAGAAGAUUCAGCGCUAACUGGUUCAUCAACUGGGCUUCCAUAUUCAUUGGGGUGUUCAUCAUGUCUGCAUCAACCAUUGGCGGAUUAAGAAAUAUCGUUGCAGAUGCUUCCACAUACAGUUUCUAUACAUAAUUGUGAAAAAUCAUGAUGUCCAGAGAGAGAGAGAGAGAGAGAGAGAUUUUGAUUGAUGUAGCAAGACUAACUAGACUGCACUACGUUAAUAAUGUUUUUUUUUUUU